AUGACACGCUCCGACUUCAUCCGCCAGCACCACGACCUGUCCAUCUUCUCCAUCGACUCCCACGCCGUCGUGCGUGCAGACUCGGUACCCAUGCAACGCGCCUUCAACGAAAUCUGCGCCGAGCCAGGUUUCGAGGACUUUUUGGAAGCGACGCUGGAGCGUAUUGGUGCGAUUGAGAGCUUGGGGAGGACAAAGGAACUUACGUUCAAGGAUCUUUGGGAGGGGGGUAAGUAUAGGAUUACUACGAGGGAUAGAAAGGGUGUGGUGCAGGGCGAGGUUGAGAUGGAGACUGUGCCAGGGAAGACGGAUGAUGAUGAUGAUGAUGAUGAUGAUGAUGAUGGGAAGGAUGGGAAGGAUGAUUGA